AUGCUAUCUGCUGAUGUAGAUAAAGUAUUGUCGUUAGAACUACCGUCUUCGACUGAAUUGGAUUGGUCCCCGUUGGCUCUCUUAGAAGAGAAAAAGAGAGAUUUAAACAUGAAAAUCAAAGAAUUAUUAUCUACUAUUCAUGAACGUCAAUUCCAAAGUUUCGACGAUUAUUUCUUGAUGCAUUAUCAUAAGUACGAACUUACUGCCAACACGGAACCAUGUGUUGACGAAACGAGUGUAGUUGAAGAAGAUGAACAUAAAAACCCAAUGAUGAUUGAUACCUCUGAUUUACAAAAAAAUAGAGUAACAGCUGGUCUCUCAAUGGAUUCAAUCAUCCCAGAUAUGGUUCAAAGAAGAUCAGCGAAGUCAAUCGUUAAAGAUAAUGAAGAAAUAUCGGGUAAAAUAAGGAAACUUAAACAUAUUCCCUCUUUACCUAGCGUUGUCGUUCCCAAAAUUAGAAAGCCAUAUAGAAUUUCUGAUACUUUAUUACCUGGAAACGCAAAAUCUAAACUAGAACAUGAUACCACGUUGUUAUAUCCAAUUAAUAAUCCAGUUAGCUUAGAAGAAGUCUUCUCAAAUGAUAAAAUCAAGCUCCUUUUAUCUAAGUUUCCUUAA